GGAGUUGGGAAGAUGGCGGCCGGGCCGUCUCGCUCUCCCACGGGCUGGGGGCGGUCAGCGCUCUCCUAGCACUUAGACCGACGGGGAGGCUCGGCUGUCAUUGCCGCCAUCGCCACCAUGUCGGAGCCUGGCCACCUGGGGAUCAAGCGGGCCGAAUCGGCGAGGCUGCGUCGGGCGGAGCAGCUGAAGCGCUGGAAAGGCUCCUUGACCGAACUGGAGCCGGUGACUCCCGCCCGGAGCCGGCACCGCGGUGGGGGCCGUGUGCGCUUCGAGGACGGCGCCGUCUUUCUGGCCGCCUGCUCCAGCGGAGACACCGAGGAGGUGAAGCGCCUGCUGGCCCGCGGAGCCCGCCUUAACACGGCCAACGUAGAUGGGCUGACAGCGCUACAUCAGGCCUGUAUAGAUGAAAACCUGGACAUGGUAAAAUUUCUGGUAGAAUAUGGAGCCAAUGUAAAUCAGCAAGAUAACGAGGGGUGGACCCCACUUCAUGCAGUUGCAUCUUGUGGCUAUCUGAACAUAGCAGAGUACUUGAUAAAUCAUGGGGCCAAUGUUGCUGCUGUGAAUAGUGAAGGUGAAGUCCCAGCUGACCUUGCAGAGGAAGCAGCCAUGAAAGAUUUGCUUUUGGAACAAGUAAAGAAACAGGGGGUGGAUCUUGAUCAGGCCAGAAAAGCAGAAGAACAACAAAUGUUGCAGGAUGCCCGACAGUGGCUAAAUAGAAGGAAAAUUGAAGAGAGAAAGCACCCUCGAACAGGGGCUACUGCUCUCCACGUAGCUUCAGCUAAAGGCUACUGUGAGGUGAUGAGACUCUUGAUCCAAGCUGGGUUUAAUGUAAAUGUUCAGGACAAUGAUGGAUGGACACCACUCCAUGCUGCUGCACACUGGGGGGUGAAAGAAGCUUGCACUAUCUUGGCUGAAGCACUCUGUGAUAUGGACAUCAGGAACAAACUGGGUCAAACACCAUUUGAUGUUGCUGAUGAGGGAUUGGUUGAACACUUAGAGAUGCUGCAGAAGAAACAGAAUAUGCUGCGUAGUGAAGAAUCAAACAAAUUAAUUGAAGCAGAUAUGAAUGGUAAAGUUCAAAGUGGACUUUUCAAAAACAAAGAGAAGAUUAUUUAUGAAGCAGAUACUUUAAAAUCGUUAGAGACCGAAGAAGAGAACAAGGAAUCUAGUAGUUCCAGCUCUGAGGAAGAGGAAGAAGCUGAAGAAGAUGAAGUUUCAGAAUCAGAUACUGAAAAGGAGGCAGAGAGCAAAGAAGAGUCUAUUGCAAACCAUUCCAAACAUGAAUCCAGAAUUCUCAUCUCAGAACAAAUACCACCCCCAGAACAUAACACUUUUACUAUGGCUCCUGCUCGAAAAUGUAGUUCAUUGCUUAACAAGCCUGAAGAACAAAAAGAUGAAUCACCAUCAUCAUGGAGGCUAAGCUUGCGGAAAACUAGCAGCCAAAAUGCACUUAGUGAGGACAGCAUGCCCAGUGACACUCUCAAAGAGAAAGGCAGCUCCAUCUAUUACUCUUCUUCAACCCCUCGGAUAUCUGCACUAUUAGAUAACCAAGAGAAGGACAAGGAUAAUAAAAUCUAUUUUGCUUCAAUAUCCCCUCGAAGAUUAAAUAAUACAGGUGACAUUGAAGAAAAGGAAAACCGAGAAUCGGCUGUUAACUUGGUACGGAGUGGUCCUUACUCUCGCCAACAAUGGAGGGAGGAACCAAAAGGGAAUGAAACCCCUACAACUGGUGCACCUUCCACCUACAUAUCUACCUAUAUGAAAAGAGCCCCUUACCGACAACAAAGUGACUCUACCACAGAGAAGAGCACAGAGGCUGUCUCUUCUAGCAUUCCAUUAAGUGUCAUAACAAAUCUCACUGUACCUGGAAGUUCCAACGGUGUCACAACUACUAAUUCUAACUCACUGACUGGAACAGAGUCAUCUACUGGUGAUGCCAGGGAUCGAAGAAGAUCCUAUCUGACACCUGUAAGAGAUGAAGAAGCAGAAUCUCUAAGGAAAGCUCGAUCUAGGCAAGCUCGUCAGACUCGCAGAUCUACCCAGGGUAUAACACUUACAGACCUGCAGGAGGCAGAGAGAACUUUUAGCCGGUCUCGUGCAGAGCGGUUUACUCAGGAACAGCCAAGUGAAAGGUCAGACAGGCUCAGAGCUAGUGAGGGAAGUGGUGGAAAACAAGAAGAUAUCACCAGAAGAGAAUCCAAGGAGGUCAACUCACCAUGGACUAGAAACUUGGAUGAAGAGUCUUCUGGUCGUCGAUUGAGAUACUUAGCACAGCAAGACAAACCUACAACUGCUGUCUCUCCUUCAUUAACUUCCAGUCUUUAUUCAAGUUCUCACAUGCCCAAGACAAGUAGAUUUGUAUCUUCUGAUUCAUUGAGCUCAGCAGAUUACCAAAGCACAUCAGCUGGCAACAUGGAAAAAAAUGCAGAAUACGAAGAUCAGGACCUGGAUGACAGAACUUCAAACAAGCAAUCAGUAAGAGAGAGAAGGCGACCAAAAGAGAGACGGAGAGGCACUGGAAUCUCUUUCUUUACAAAGGAUGAUGAAGAAAUAGAUGGUACUGAAGAAGUAAUGGAGGACAAGCAUGAAAGACUCUCCAGGCUGGAUUCAGCAAGUUCAAGCACUGGCAUUAGUGAUACCUAUAGUGAUCGACCCUCAGGCCGCACCAGUGCCUAUACCAGAAGAGCCGCUCUCAGCAGCAGAACAGAAGAUGAUAGUAGCAAGGAUUAUAAAAAGCUCUAUGAGAGUGCCCUGUCUGAAAAUCAGAAACUGAAAUCUAAACUGCAAGAUGCCCAGGCAGAACUCGCAGAUAUUAAGUCAAAAAUGGACAAACUAACUCAGCAGAAACAGGAGAAAACUUCAGAUCGUUCAAGUAUGCUUGAGAUGGAAAAAAGGGAAAAACGAGUCCUUGAACGGAAGCUUUCUGAAAUGGAAGAAGAGAUGAAGGUUUUGACAGAGCUGAAGUCAGACAAUCAGCGGCUGAAAGAUGAGAAUGGAGCACUCAUCCGAGUCAUCAGUAAACUCUCAAAGUAGCAUAUUGAACAAAGGAUGGGCAGAAAGAGGAGAUUUCUGUGCACAAGCUGCCAACCCUGCCACCGACUUCCGAUCUUCCAGUUGAAAGAACUGCUGGCAAUUUAGCCAUGGACCAGUUGGCAACACACACAGCUCCUUGCACUUGCUGGGCAUUUUUAUUUUGCACAGUGCUUACCCCACCCCUUUCUUCUAAAAGCAUGCCUCACCACAAGUUUAUUAUUUUUACAAUAUUGAAGUAAUUUAUUCAAAGGGACAAAGAGUGAUUGGCACUGUCUGAACUACUCAAACCAUCUGCUGUAAACCCAAUAUGCAUCCAACCUUAAUCUGAUGUAAAGAAGUAUCUACUGUAACAAGUGUUAUAGAAGUGACUAUAGUGUCGAUUGAACAUGUCUUAAGAUACUGUCAUGGAAUAGGAAUAGGGAAUGAAAUGGAAUUACUCUUCCUUCUGGAAUUUGGGAGUCUGCAGACUGUGAAAAACUUGUUGGUUUAUUUCUUUGGGAGUCUCAUAAUGGUGUCUUGCCUUGGAAACCAUAUUCUACAUAUUUCUCAGUACUUGACUGAUUUAUUUAAUGUUAGAUUUGAAAUCAGUUUAAUAUUGGGGCCCAAUAAUUGUUUUCUCCUUUCCAUCUUUCCUCAAGAUGCUUCCUACUGGGUUUUCUUUUUCAUGGUUGCUUUCUCUAGGACUGUUUAAUAGAUUACACCUUAUAACUGUCACAUUCAUUAGCAUUCUUUUUUUUUCAAGAAUUCUGACGGAAGGACAUCCAACAGCAAAAAUUGCUUAGGGUGGAUUUCCACUUGUAUAAAAUAUCCAUGCAGGAUGUAUCUCUGCACAAGAUAUCAGCGUAUCUUUUUAUAAGCAAAAUGAUUCAUUUACCAGUGAAGUAAUAACAUUGCAUAAAAAUCAGGGCAAAUAAGUUGGAUUUAAGAUAAUGUUCAUUAGGUGCAAAGUUGAAAACAAGUGUUUUCAGAGUUUAAAGUGGAAGAAGGCUGGUGGCUAGAGGUGCUUUAGUCCUGUGCAAAAUGCUGUCUCAAGUCUUGGUGGAAAACCUUGAUAAAAAUUAUACUACUAAUAUUUGAGAAGUUUAAUGCAAUGUUUCAUUUGCACAGUUGUAAACAUAAAUGCACUUGUCUUUAAUAUCAAUAGUAAGAUCAGUAGCACUCACACUCUGGUUUCUGGUCAUGCUGGAAAUGAAUGCAUUAACUUUUAUAGAUUCUCAGAAUACUAGCGGCUUCAGAGACUGUGCUUCUCUGGUUAUAACGAUGAGAUUUCACUUGAAGCACUUGAUAUAUUUUUACAAAUCCUGACCACUUUUCUUUUCUUUCUUCCUUUAUAUUCCAAAGCAUGAUGUCACAUUUUAAAGCUAUACUUUUUGGUCUGGAUUUAGUCAGUUUUCACAACUGAUUAGAGCAGAGUCUUUGGGAUUUAAGAAAAGCAGCUUAUACAUAGAUACAAGUGAGCAGUAGUACUUCAGACCUUUUUGCCAUCAUUGCUCAAUGGUGAACACAAUAUGGCUUUUUAAAAUCUAUUGUGGACUACUAUAACAAAGAGGUGACUGAUCUUUUCUCUUUCAUCUUUUUGCUCAGUAUUCUCAUGUAUUCCUCUUGCUUUUACUGGCUACAAAGAAAUGCAGAAUUCUGUCAAGAGCCAGGAGUUGCCACCUAUGAACUGACUAAUUCAGAUAUUGGUUGUCUGAUGUAGUGAUCAGUGCAUUCACAAUACUUAGAGUAGAGGUCUUCAAACUUGACAGCUUUAAGACUUGUGGACUUCAACUCCCAGAACUCUCCAGCCACAAGUCUUAAAGGUGCCAAGUUUGGGGACCCCUGACUUAGAGCUUUCUAAUAUAGCUCUGAGGUUCUCAGUAGUCCUUUGGUUUCCUCUGUCCCCCUUUUUGGGAACUUUGGAUAUUGUCCAGAUUUCAAGGUAUAUCUAAUUAUAUGUGAAAGUUAAAUACAUUUUGUCAUUGUAAUGAAUUUUAUUCAUGAUAUUGCCUUUCCACUGCCUAACUCAUUUCAGCCCCAUAGAGGAUUGUAGAGAGAUAUGAACAAAAGAUUUUUAGUUGGUCCUGUCAAACUCUACCAUAAACAGUCAUGGAAAUGAAAAAAAGAAUCAUUCUGUAAGAGUUCCUGCAUAGUACUAUUGCUAUAUUAUGCCUGGAAUAUAGUAACUUAAACCAACCUUAGUUUUAAUAUCCAAAAAUCUAAGGACAAAUAUAAAUAAGGCCUACUAUGAAGAAUUGUGUCCUAUCUAGUCAAGAGUUGGAAUUAGAUCAAAUUGAAUUUUGCCUAGAAUUGCCUGAUCUGAUUAAUCAUGAAACAAUCCAAUAUGCUCACCAUAUUUAUUUUUAUUUUUUUGCGGGUGUGGGGGGCAAUCGGGUGAAAACAGAUUAUUCCUUAGGAUGUCAUUAAGGUGAAUGGCAACAAUCAACAUCUUAACAUUUUAGGCCUAAAAUAUUUUUCUUAUAGGAUUUCAAACCAUCUUCAAACUGUUAAAUGAACCCAUUUUUAUCCUGAGGCAAAGAAAAUCUUAGUCCAGUUUUAAAAGCUGAAAUAUGAACGAGAUUUGUUCCUUCUCUCAAAAAAUGAUGAAAGGAAAAUCUUGAAUGGGAGUUACUUAUUUCAACAAUAUAACUACCAAUUCAAGAACUAGUAUAUGUUUUAAUAUCUUAUUUUAAAAUUUUCAUUUGAAACCAGGAAGUAUUUUCAAGAAACUUCCUGAUUUAAUGAAGGGCUGAAUGUGUAGAUAGGCAAAAGGCAUAUUCAUGUUUAAAUCAAAUUAUUUUAAAGUUUUUUAUAUGAUCAAGUAAACUAGCCUGAAGAAUUCAGGACUCCUUGUUUUUAAAGGAUAUCAAGAACAAAAAUAUUACUCCUCUCACUGGUUAUUGCUCUGACCCAAUUAAGUUUAGAUUUAGAUUAAUGUUCUGUUUUAAUUGUUCAGGCAGCUCAAAUGUUCUCUCCAUAAGCUGCAAAUGAUAGAGGAGAAUGUUGAAAGUUUAGCCUGUGACAUGAAAGCUUUCAAGCUUGUGGAUGAUAGAAAUUUUUAUUUAAAAUGGGAAAUGAAUGGUUCUGUUUUGGUUCUUGUUCCUGAAAGCAGUCACCAAUGAAUUUUUCCAUCUCUUUAAGAUUUUAAAAAUCCUUGUGCAAGUGCUUUAAGAAGCAUAAGAAGAAGCACAAUUUUAUUUCUUGCAAAUGGGGAAGUUCAGUGGGAUUUGUCUAGUAAGAAUUAAAUUUCAUAUGAAACUAGAGGUACUACAUGUUAAAAGAACUAAGUAUAGGAAAACAAACAUAAAUAGGGAAGAAAGUCUUUAUAGCCAUUUAGUGAUAGAUUGGUUUACGAGAAGGCUCUCUUCCUAUGGAUAAGCUGCUCAUAGAACACAAAAGGAUGAGGGAAAGACGGGUACGUAGGUGCAAGAGCAAGUAUAUAUGAGUACAUUUGAAUUUUAAAAAGUUUGUUUAGUAUUUAUUUGUUUCUGUCCAUAUUGCUUUACUGUUAAUGGAAACAAUUCAUGGAUGAAAUCUGGAUGAUCAGGGAGCAUUAGAUGAAUCUAACUUGAUCAUUUUCCAAUGCAUAUGCACUUGAUUUUUACUAUUGGAAGCUAGUGCAGAAUCAUUGAUAUAUCACUUUCUUCUUUUCCCUUAAGGGAUGUUUAUAUUAAUAAUUACCAUUUAAAACACUUAUUCCCAUGGAAUAAUUCAAAGUAUAAGGCUAAUCAUGUUGCUGUUUGCUGAUAAAGCAUUAAAUAUAAAUUAAAUACAAUCCCUGGGCUAUCACUGAUAUAUAAAGAUUAAGGUUUGAUAUUUCUUAGGACAAAAAUGAGAUACCUGCGGCCCUUCAAAUGUUCCUGAAAUCUCAGCAUCCCUCACCAUUUAACAUGAUGGUUGAGACUUCUGUAGUUCAAUAAUUUCAGGAGCCUUCACUUCCCCCAUUCCUGCUUUAGACUAAAGUUAACAUUUGUCCCUAACUGAAUGAUAUAAAUGUAAAGAAAAAUGUAAAGUAUAUAUCCCUUCUGGGACCUUUAAACAAUUCCCCAGCCAUAAAAAUAUUUUGUUAUUGGGAAGAGCAAAAUGUAGUCCUUUGCCCCCAUUUAAACCUGAUCCAUUGGGUCAUCAAGUUCUCCUUUCAAAUUACUAGGAUGCUUUUCGAAAAGUAACCAAAACCUUCCCCAAAUUGUGAAGAGUUUGAGGAAGAGUGCCCCAGUGUGCAGUACAUCAGGAAGCUUUCCACAGUGUAUAUACAGAUGUGUCUCAACACAUCCCUCUCAAUUAUUCUAGUGCUUACCAGAACCUAAAAAUGAACUUGUUUUGACAGGAUUUUUCGCAAGCAAAUUGAAUGUCCUGUCACAAAGAAUGUACUUCGUCCUUGUCCACUCUAAUAUAUGCAUUUUUAUGAAGUCCCUCAGCUUUGGUACAACAGGCUUCGUUUUCCCCAUCUUUGACCUUCCAGCUCCACUCAGCCUGCUGCCAUAUUAGCUGACCUGGGAGAGAAGCUUCUGACUUAGGGAUAUUAAAAAUGGGAAGCAGAAGGUCUGUAUCUCAAAGGCAACUAUAAUAUCUUUGUUUCAAGCUUUCAGUUUCCCAGGGCUUUUUCUUUGAAUGGUGUGUUUUGAUCACAUUUAUUCUGUGUUUGAAAUCUUUUUGUGUGAUUCUACUAGAGGCAGCAUGUUCCAAGAAGAGUUUGUUUUUGUUUUUUUUUAUCAAGAUUACUUCUGAGCAAACUUACUGAUAAAUUCAUCCAUUCCCCAAGAUUUCUUUAUUUCUUGGGGCAAGUUGAACUCUGGGUGAAUAUAACUUUGUAGGUUCUUGAACCAACAGAAAGGUUAAAAUCCGCUGUGUUAUCUUUCCACUCCUGACUCUUUAGUAUAUAAUAUUGAGGAAAGUCAAAAUCCCUUACUGUAAAAGCUAUUCCUGAAAAAAGAACAUCCUACUGUUGGCUCAUUAACUUCCCACAUGCAAAUAUUCAAAGUGUUAUCUGUUUUUAAAAAACCUUUUACAGCUCUUUGUAAAUAACUAAUUGGAGAAAAGACUGGCUUGUGUGUGAAGGAAGAGAAUGUAUUUUUAUGCAACUUUUUUUGAGUGGCCUUCCAAAUUUUGAGAUGAAUGCUUUUGUUUUCCUGAUUGUUACAUAGUAUUCUAAGUAUUAUAUGUUUGAAAGUUUGGGAAUAAUAUUCACAUCUAUAAUGCUUGUAAACACAACAGUAUUUAUAAAUGAAUAAAACAAAUGCUUUAACACUGUC